CAGCUUCAUUACUCAGAACCAGGGGACAGGGCACGGAGGGAGCAGCAGCAUCAGCGCCAGGCAACAAACACCAUCAGCAGCAGGCAGCACUUCCACACCUGGAGAGCGGCCACCAUGCCACACCAGUACCCGGCCCUGACGGCCGAGCAGAAGAAGGAGCUGUCGGACAUCGCGCUGCGGAUCGUGGCCCCGGGCAAGGGCAUCCUGGCUGCCGAUGAGUCCGUAGGGAGUAUGUCCAAGCGGCUGAGCCAGAUCGGGGUGGAGAACACGGAGGAGAACCGUCGCCUGUAUCGCCAGGUGUUGCUCAGCGCCGACAGCCGCAUCAACAAGUGCAUCGGGGGGGUCAUCUUCUUCCACGAGACCCUCUACCAGAAAGGGGAUGACGGGACGCCCUUCGUCCGCACCGUCCAGGACAAGGGCAUCGUCGUGGGCAUCAAGGUUGAUAAGGGUGUGGUGCCCCUGGCUGGAACCGACGGAGAAACCACCACCCAAGGGCUGGAUGGGCUCUCGGAGCGUUGUGCCCAGUACAAGAAGGACGGCGCUGACUUUGCCAAGUGGCGCUGCGUGUUGAAGAUCGGCGAGCACACCCCCUCCGCCCUCGCCAUCCUGGAGAAUGCCAACGUGCUGGCCCGAUACGCCAGCAUCUGUCAGCAGAAUGGCAUCGUGCCCAUUGUGGAGCCGGAGAUCCUGCCCGACGGAGACCACGAUCUCAAAAGCUGCCAGUAUGUCACUGAGAAGGUCCUGGCGGCCGUUUACAAAGCCUUGAGUGACCACCACGUGUACCUGGAGGGGACGCUGCUGAAACCCAACAUGGUGACCCCCGGCCACGCCUGCCCCACCAAGUACGGCGCCGAGGAGAUCGCCAUGGCCACCGUGACUGCCCUACGGCGCACUGUGCCACCCGCCGUGCCAGGUGUCACCUUCCUGUCCGGUGGGCAGAGUGAGGAAGAGGCCUCCAUCAACCUCAACGCCAUCAAUCGCUGCCCCCUGGCGCGGCCCUGGGCCCUGACCUUCUCCUACGGGCGGGCACUGCAAGCUUCGGCCCUCAGCACCUGGCGCGGACGGCGGGAAAACGAGAGCGCCGCUACGGAGGAGUUUGUGAAGCGGGCAGAGGUGAACGGGCUGGCCGCCCAGGGCAAGUACGAGGGGAGCGGAGAGGACGCGGGCGCAGCUGGACGUUCCCUGUACAUCGCCAACCAUGCCUACUGAGCGGGCCCUGUGCCACCCGCAGCCAGCUUUGCCCAUAGACAUCGCCAGGAGCCCGAUAGCCAGCAAGCCCCAAGCGAGGGCAGAGGAGAGAGGGUCCCCGGGCCGUCAUCUUAACCACCGCGUCGCUCCGGGCAGGAGGCAGAGGAGGGAAGCGGAUCCCAGACGGGCUCUCGCGGGCGGCGGGGACCCCCCGGGUCGGGGGACGGGGCGGUUUGUAGGCGAUUCCGGUCCUCCUCACGUGGCCUCCACCCUUGCCUGCCGUUUGCAAUCGCCACCGUGAUACUGUUGCUUCUCUGUUGGGGUCAGGCUGCCCCUUCCCCUGCCCUCGACCUCGGGUGAGCGAGGGGAGACUGGGGGGAAGACAGUAUGGCCUCCUGCAUUUCGUGUUUUAGCGCCUGGAUUAAUAAACGGUAGUGAAGCCCGCUA